AUGAAGUCUGCCCGGCCCUACCGCUCACACAAAUUCCCCGCCUGUGCACGAUGCCACCGUCGUCGUUCACGAUGUACGAUCGAAGUCCCCGGCCAGGCGUGCCUCCUCUGUCGCAUGCACGGCGCUCCUUGUUCUUCUGCAACCACCAAAAAGGAUGAUGGAAUGGAACCCAAAGUAGGAUUUAUCCACAGGUCAUCCAUGCCUGACGCAAAGUCCCUAGAGGAAUAUUCUCACAUUGUCGGACCCGUCAUUGCCCGUGACACUCAGAUCCUCGAUCAAUAUCUUCCUCAGGUCAAUGGACAGUCCAAUCAUGUCCCCAUACAGCCCAGCCUUGGCCGUCGCAAUUCUCAGAAACCCAUCUACCAUGUUCCUGUCCCGCCCAGGAGGCCCAGUCCUGCGGACUGUUCCUGCUCACGCAAUGGCCCCGCCGAACUCUUUGAACAAGUCUCGCCGUUUCUAGACAAGCUUCUCGCCCAUUUCUACGACAACAUACACCCUUGUUUUCCCAUCACCCAAGAGGAAUUCGUCGACCUUAGUCUAAAGGAAAGACCGAAUACUCCCCAGACCAUGAUCACUAAUAUCAUUGCUCACACGCUCUUCUACUGGGAGAGCGCUCCUGCCUUAUCCGCCCACGUCCGCCCAGAUCAAGACUUUGCCUGGUCAACCGCGAUCGCCUCCAACACGGCCGAUAUUCAGCGUAGCGAUCUUUCCACUAUCAUUUCGCUGUGUAUAAAUGUCGCUGGUCGCCCAUCUCGAUGUAUGGUUAGCAAUCUCGCCACCGUCGCCCGCGCGGUCGCCUUGUCUCAUUCCAUUGGCCUCAACCACGAUCCUAGCGAAUGGAAGAUUGGCCAUCUUGAGAAGGCCGUUCGGUGGAGGGCAUGGUGGGGUGUGGUCAUCCAAGACCGAUGGUACAAUUUUGCUCAAGGCACUCCACCUUACAUCUCCAAAGGACAUUACGAUGUACCCAUUCCCACCGUCGAACUACUCACAAAAUCCAAGCCUCACUCUUCCAAGCAUAUCAGAGCCGCCGAGGUAUACAUCCAUUUGUGUCGUCUGACCGAGAUCGUCGGAGAUGUCCUCCCGCUCAUCUAUCAUGUUCGUUCUGGCAACGACACGAUUGCUGCAGAGCAGACUUCCCGCUCCGAGAUUGAACUCAACCGAUGGGUGGAAAACAGACCCUCUUGGCUGAGUCUGACCGACUUUCAAAAUCGACCACAGGUUCCUGGAUUGGCAAACCUGCAACUCUCUUACCUCUCGGUUCGAAUGCUACUUCGACGAAUUGCUUGGCAUGAAAUCAGUCAACGAGAAAGCGAACCCUCGUCGGCGUGGUUGACGGGCUGUCAGACUGCCGCUGAAGAUAUUGUUCGUUUCAUCACAUCACUGCACAAGUCAGACCUCGCUGGCUUUUGGCUACCCUUUAAUGCACACCACUUUACUUCUGCUGUCACCCUCUUACUGAGGUGCGCCCUGCAGACUAGCUACGGCAAUGUCCGAACCCAAUGCAUGACAAGUGCCCGCACUUUGGUGGAUUGCCUACGAACGUUUCAUGAAGAAGAUCAAUGGGAUUUGUCUGAGACAGUUUUAGCAUACACAGAGGAGGUUCUGAAGCGAAUCGAAGACGCCUUACCCCAGAACCCCAUCUCCGGCCCCCAAAGUGUACAGAGUGUCCAGACCAUGGACCACCAUCCAUAUCUCAAUGUCAUGACCAAUGACCAGCCGCCUGGAGACUUAUUUUUUGGUCACCAAACCAACGCUUCGAUCGAAGAACUAUUCCCUGAGAUCUUUUCCGACUUCACCGACACUGCUCUACUCCCGGGACCAGGCCAACUCGACAUUAAUAUAUGA